AAAUAUAUGUUUAUAAAUCUUUGUUACUUGGAUUGUUUUGAUCAGUGUAACUCUUUCGCUUUUGGGAUUUUAUAGUUCAUUAAUCAACGUAUUACGAUCAAGUUUACUAACUUCGUAUUUUAUAUGACUUUAAUCAAUUUUAAUUCUACUGUGACCAAUCAAAUUUAAUAAAAUAUUAUUAUGUAGAGAAGGCCAACGCAGAAGAAAGAAAAACAGUUGUCUCUUCAAUGUUGGUCAGUUGCUGCAGUAAAUAUCAUAUUAUUCCUUGCAAUACGAUGGAGUACUUUUGAUUAGAUUAAUCGUAAUGUGCAUGGGUUAUGUAAACAUAAUCAUACAUAAUGCAGUCCCAGUUAGCAGCAACUCCUCGAAAAUUACCUGUGUUUGUCUUCCCUUCAAGCAUUACUUUUUAUCUAGAAAAUCAAUCUACUCAUAAACAAGUUUUGACUUUAUAUAAUCCAUAUGAUUUCCCAGUAAAAUUCAAAGUGCUUUGUACUGCACCAAAUAAGUACAAAGUUGUCGAUCCCGAAGGAACGAUAAAGGCAAAAUGUUGCGUUGACAUUGUUGUAAGACACACAGCUCUUUUAAUUAGUAAUUGCAAUGUGACUGAUAAAUUCAGGAUACAAAUGCAAGAACAUCCUAGUAAACAGGCAACAGGUAAACGAGAUGUUGAAGCUACAUUGUUACCUGGAACUUCAGAGACUGCUGGAAGAGCAACUCCAGAUCCAGAAAUGUUUCAACAACUUCCAAUAAAUGAAACUAGACAACAACAAUCAUAUGCGCUUAUAACUCAAAAUAGAACAAUUGACAACACUUCACUCAAGAUACAUAAAAACUUAUUACAGUUGCAGUAUGAUUUAUUUCAUGGAGAAAUUCAAGAUAAAAUUACAAAUAUGUUUCUGAGCUCAAAUAUGAAAAAUGCCAAUUGUAUCAUUGUGGAUAAAGGAGGAACAAACUAUGUAGCACUUAUCGCAGGAAUUAUUUGCAUAGCUGGGCUACUUCUACCAACAGAAGGAGAACGUAGUCACACAGUGCCUGAUUACCUCCAUCUUUCCAUAAAUUUUAAAUUAAUAUUUUCGUUCGUAUUAGGUAUGGUAACAAUUAUAAUCUUAAGGUUGUAAUUUGUGGCUGGUUAUAUGAAAAAAAAGACUUUAUACAAUAAAUAGGAUUAUGGGGUGAAAGCACAAUUAA